GGUCGCCGAUCAGCUGAUCUGGCGCACUGACAGUUGAGACCGCAACGUCUAGACGGAGAUACGUUUCACUGCCUGUGAAGAAUACUCAGUCACCUGCUCAUAGCUAGCUAGCCAUGGUGUCGUUAGACAUACGUUUGAAACGCGCGAAUAAAACAUACGUUGAAGACGAAACCGUCUCUGGCUUGCUGGUACUGGAAUCACAGUCUGAAUUGAAGCACGAUGGUCUUGUGAUAGUCGUCGAUGGGGUGGUCAAGAUGGACCUGUCUCCGAAGAGCGUUGGACUCCUCGAAGCCCUAGUGUCUUCAGUGAAACCGAUACCCCUCACACAAUGUUCGAUAGAAGUCCUAAAAGCUGGAAAGCUCCCGUCCGGCACCAAUCAGUUCCCCUUCGAGUUUCCCCUGAAGUCUCUCAAAGCCAACAGACCUCUGUUCGAAACCUACCAUGGGGUCUUCAUCAAUAUCCAGUAUGUCAUCAGAGCAGAAUUGAAGCGCAGCAAACUCUAUUCCAAGACUGUGACCAAAACCCAGGAGAUCAUGCUCGAAUACAAGCCGGAUGAUGCUGAGCGUGCGAACAAUCGACCUAUCAACAUCAAUAUCUCGCCUGAAAGUCUACAGAACGUCCUGGAUCGCUCGAGAGUCCCCUCGUUUGCGAUUCACGGAAGGAUUGACUCUACGCAAUGUAAAAUGACACAGCCCCUGAGUGGUGUGCUAUGCGUGGAGCAUUGUGACACGAAGAUCCGAUCGAUAGAACUUCAACUUGUCCGAGUGGAAACGUGCGGCUGUGCUGAAGGCUACUCUAGAGACGCAACUGAGAUUCAAAAUAUCCAAAUCGGAGAGGGAGACGUCAGCAGAGGAGUGAACAUCCCGAUCCACAUGGUCUUCCCUAGACUGUUCACCUGCCCUACAUUAGUCACUUCGAAUUUCAAAAUUGAAUUCGAAGUGAAUGUAGUCAUCGUGUUCGAUGACAACCACCUAAUAACGGAGAACUAUCCAAUCAAGCUCACGAGAGCUUGA